AUGCUUCACGCCUGGAGCGCUGGGAAUACAUGGUUUUGGUACAGGGGUGAUAAUAUCUCAAUAGUGCGAUUUUUUCGCAAGAGGUGAGUUUAUUUGUUUUUUUUUAAAUAAAAGCCGGCGGGCACACUUGAAAUUAAUUUAACUUUUAAUUUCGAAAUUUAAUUUUUGAAAAAAAAAAUUCCUGCCACGUCAUAACUCGCUAAUGUUUCAGAUUCAAUAAAAUUCGCUUCAUCGACAGUUACAACUUUUUCGAAAAUCAACAACUUAUCCGAUCUUACUGUAUCUGCACUACAGUAUUCUUCCACUUAAUUUUCUUGUGCAUUUUUAAUAAUAUUUGUAAUUUUCAAAUUGAUUAA